AUGGGGAAAACACUAUCUAAGGAAGCUCUGUUUAUAAAAGAAUUAAAAGAAAGAAUUAAAGAGCGCAAUGUAGAAGUUAAGAAAAGAGAUCUGUUGCGCUUCUUCUCCUUUAUUGAACAACGCUGCCCGUGGCUCAUUCUCCAUGGCCCUGGCAUUCACCCCCUAACUUGGGAUAAGGUUGGCCGAGACCUUAAUGAUUUUGCACGCUCAGGUCAGCCCAUCCCUGAGGAUUUCUUUACCUUUUAUGGCCUGAUUCAGGACAUCCUUAAAGAGGCUGAUUCCAGCGCACAGGUCUCCCACCUCCUCAGCCUUGCUGAGGACGCUAUUGAGGAAAGUAAAAAACAGACUGAAGAAACCCCUGAAUUAGACAACAUGGAUAAAAAAUACAAAACCCCGUCUCAAGAAACCCCUGAAUUAGACGAACCUAUUAACACCCCCUCACACUUACCAGAACCACUGCCUCCCUCCCACAGACCCGCUCUCUAUCCUGUCCUUUACGAUAGCAAUACACCAGAGACCCUCAAUCCCGCAUACCAGACUGAACUGGAUGAGGUGGCAGCCAGAUACCACCCUCCAGACUUCCUUAAAAACAAACCCCCUCCCUACAAUCCGCUUUACCCUUCCUCGAUUUUACCAACUCUUCCCAAUACAAAUGACCUAAAGAUAGCCACUGCUCAAUUAACUAAGCAAAUCACUGAUCUCAAACAAUUUAUAGACUUACAACAUGAGAUCGGCCACUUAACAAGCCAAUUACAUGACCUUCAGGUCGCCACCAUGAAACCAAUCUCACAUUCAAAAAAACCUAAAAACAACCCCUCCAAACUACAAAAGCCCCUCCUGGCCCUCCCGGUAGUUACCAGGCGUAGGACUACCACCGGUACCACCCCGGAGGAUGUAGACAUAGAGGAGAUCCCUGACGAACUGUCCCAACCCUACCAAAAUUCACCCCCCGUUUCCUCUGAAUCUGACAGAGAGGAGGGGGAUGAAGAAGCGAAUCAAGGGGUCCAUACCACCGAUACAAUCCGGCCCCAUGCCCACCCAUUUAAAAGACUUAAAUUCAAACAGAUUAAGGACCUCCAUUCAGCAGUAAAAAACUAUGGCCUUAAUGCUCCCUUUACCCUUUCUAUCUUGGAAAGUCUCGGGGGAGAUGGGCACUUACUCCCCUCAGAAUGGACUAAGGUUACACAAUCUGUCUUGUCUAGAGGCCAGUUUUUAACCUGGAAGGCAGAGUUUCAGGAAAGGGUAGAAAAUCAAGCAAAAUCAAAUCUCACAAACCCCCAAACAGCCAAUUGGACAGUAGACAAACUCAUCGGUCGUGGUCGUUAUGCCCCUGACACCGUGCAAUUGAGAUUGCCUCCUGGCCUCCUCAUGCAAACUGCCCACGCAGCCUUAGCCGCAUGGCGCGCUGUCCCUGCCUCCGGGGCCAUCACCGCCCCGAUCUCUAAAAUCCUCCAGGGACCAAACGAGCCCUAUGCUCAAUUUGUAGCCAGACUCUUAGAGACAACAGAAAGGGUCUUGGGACAGGACGGUACCGAUAACCCAGUGGUUAGACACCUGGCCAUUGAAAACGCCAACCCUGCCUGUAAGGCCGCCCUUAGAGCAAAAUCUAGAGAGCUUGAUCUGAACGGCAUGAUCCGCUUAUGUAAUGAUAUUGACUCUUAUGACCACAGAAUUAACAAAUCUAUCUCCUUAGCUAUUGGAGCAGCCAUUCAAGCCACCCGACAGAACGCUCCCCGUAAUUGCUUUAAGUGCGGCAUGCCCGGACAUUUUGCUCGUGAAUGUCCCUCCAAUCAGAUUGCUCGUGAAUGUCCCUCCAAUCAGACUGCUCGUGAAUGUCCCUCCAAUCAGGCUGCCCCUAGUUUACCUUUCAGCCCCUCGGGUGUGCCUUCGAGACUGCCCCCAAGUGUCUGUCCGAAAUGUAGGAAAGGGCGUCACUGGGCCAGCGACUGCCGCUCCAAAACUACCUCAAAUGGACAAAAUAUUCCACCUGUCCAGGGAAACGGGAUGCGGGGCUCCCUCGGGAGCCCCUUCCCCUCACCCUUGCUCGAGCCACAACAGGCAGCGCAGGCUUGGACCUCUGUUCCUCCUCCACCAGAAUAUUAA